AUGGCGUUGCAAAAUGGGAAUUCAAAAAAAUUGGACGUCGCUGUUGUUGGGGGAGGCUUGGUGAUACAAGCAGUCUUGUGGUUUUACUGUAUAUUGUUACAGGUCGGAUCUCUUGAAGCCAUAUAUUUAGCUAAAAGGGGACACCAUGUCUCCCUCUACGAGUAUCGUGAAGAUUUAAGAAAAACUCCACACGUUCGGGGUCGUUCCAUUAACUUGGCACUGUCGGUGCGCGGCCGCAAGGCUUUAAAAGGUGUAGGUGUUGAAGACCAUAUGGUUAACGAACAUGGAAUUCCUAUGAGGGCCAGAAUGAUACAUCGACCAGAUGGCACCACGUACCCAAUUCCUUACGAUGCGAGAACUAAUCAGUGCAUUUAUUCUGUGGGAAGAAAUUAUUUAAACAAUGUACUAUUAAAAGAAUCGGAAAAUUAUGAUAACGUGAAAAAAUAUUUUAAUCACAAAUUACUAAAAGCUAAUUUACAAAAUGGUACGCUGACAUUUUUGAAAACUGAUACAAAAGAGACAGUGGAUGUAACUGCAGAUUUGAUAAUAGGAGCCGAUGGUGCAUUUUCAGCAGUACGCAAGGAAAUGAUGAAACAGCCACUCUUCGAUUUCAGCCAACAGUACAUAGAGCAUGGCUAUUUGGAGUUGUGUAUACCAGCAUCUGAAGACGGUGGAUUUCUGAUGCCGCCUAAUUAUUUGCACAUCUGGCCACGAGGUACUUUCAUGAUGAUCGCUUUGCCGAAUCAAGAUUGUUCUUGGACAGUUACAUUAUUCAUGCCAUUUAAGAACUUUAAGGAAAUAGAUACUGAAGAGAAACUUCUUAGCUUCUUUAAGCAGUACUUCCCUGAUUCUAUACCAUUGAUCGGGGAAAAGAAAUUAAUUGAAGACUAUUUCGGAGGGGCUCCAUCUCCACUUGUUGCUGUUAAGUGCCGUCCGUACAAUGUUAACGACAAGGCUCUAAUAAUAGGCGAUGCAGCACACGCUGUGGUACCUUUUUAUGGUCAAGGUAUGAACGCUGGCUUCGAAGAUUGCUCCAUCUUAGACGAACUUUUCCAGAAACAUCACGAUAAUGUGCCAAGCAUUUUUAAAGAGUUUUCUGAAACUAGAUGGAAGGAUUGCUUCGCGAUUAGUGACUUGGCAAUGUACAAUUACAUAGAGAUGCGUGACCUGGUGACUCGGCCUUCAUAUCGUAUUCGAAAGGCUAUGGAUGAUUUCCUAUUUUGGUUGAUGCCCGAUUUUUGGGUCCCUUUAUACAAUUCUGUUACCUUUACAACAAUGCCAUACAGUCAGUGUGUGAAAAAUCGCGAAUGGCAGAACAAGGUGCUCGUCUUCGCAGUCGUGUUUAUAUUUUUAUUCGUUUCAAUUAUUUAUCAUUAUUCUAGAUAAGUUUUAAGAUAUUUAGAAAAUUCUAUUCAAUAUGAAAUUGUCUUAUGAAAUAAUUAUUGAAUUUAAGACAGUGAAUAAACUAAUGUAUUAAAUAAAUAUGUGAUGUU